AUGUCGGACGAAGAAAAACGUACAUCUUCCGAGGAAAAGGAAAUCAAGUCUACAAGUGACGCUGGCGGUAAUAAGGCCAUCGCCACAUCUGAGGAAGAGAAGAAGCUCGUGCGCAAACUUGAUCGCAGGAUUCUGCCCAUAACAUGCUUACUCUAUCUUUUUGCUUAUCUUGAUCGCACGAAUCUUGGAAAUGCGCGCCUUCAGGGACUCGCACAGGAGAACCUUGGUGGUGAUCCUACUGGUAAACUGUUCGAUUGGGUCAACUCGGCAUUUUUCUUUUCGUAUAUUAUCUGCCAAGUACCUGCAACGAUAACCUCAAAGUUGUUUCCACCAUCCUAUUGGAUGGCAGGUGCGGCUGUUGGGUGGGGUAUAUGUUCCACGUUGAUGGCAACGACAUUCAACUUUGGAAGUCUCAUAGCGGCUCGCAUUGGGCUUGGCGUCUUUGAAGCUGGUUUUGGCCCCGCAAUUCCACUUUAUUUUUCGUUCUUCUACACUCGCUCUGAAAUGGGCUUGCGCAUGGCAUACUGGUUUGGCUUUGCGGCAGUCGCGGGUGCGUUCGGUGGGGUCAUCGCGUUCGGUGUGCAGCAAGUGGGAUAUGGACCGUAUGUCGCUGGCAUCGGGGGAGAGUGGGACUGGAAAGUCCUGUUCCUUAUUGAGGUUAGCCCCAGUUUUUCGUGUUUGGUGAAGGGGCGGCGAGUGGCGUUCAAAAUCUGGAUGCGCUCGCUGGCCGAGUGCUGCAGUGUUCUCUAUUCUUGGAUCAUGUUGUGUCUCAUUUUCGGCCGAUGUCUCCCUGGAUUUUGGGAGGUGCUGGAGGAUCGACACACUGAGGAAGGAAUCCCAGCUCUUCUUCUGGGGGUUCUGACUUUCUUCGCGCUCCCUGACCGGCCGGAGAGCACGAGGUACUUGAAUGAGAGAGAAAGAGAACUUGCAAUGGAACGCAUGAACAGGGGCACGACUGCGGAUGUUGGCGCUGUGAUCAAUAAAGGCGAGCCAUUUCCCUAUCUUCGCACUACGCAGUGUGAACUCAUCGACCUGUCCUACUCCAGAACACAUCAUCGUAGCUCUCUUCGAUUGGCGUAUAUACACUGGCGGAAUGAUCUACUUUGCAUUUCGGCAUUUUUGCCUACGAUCAUCAAGACUUUUGGGUACACCAACGCGCUCGCCCAGUUACUCACGGUACCGCCAUAUGCAGUGGCUGCUGUCGUCCUCUGUAUAACGUCCUACACAUCCGAUCGCAUGCAGAACCGUGGCCUAGCGGUUGCAGGUGCCUGCGCUACCGGUGCGAUUGUCCCCAACAACGUUCACGUGCGAUACUUCGCCGUGUUUUGCAUCACGAGCGGGACAUACACUGCCAUUGGUGUGAUUAUCGCAUGGUACGCCCACAAUCUCGGCUCUGAGACUAAAAAAGCGACGGGCAUUCCGAUGUUCAUGGCAAUUGGGCAAUGCGGGAGCAUCCUUGGCUCGCACAUAUACCCUACGACGGACAGCCCGAGGUACAUCCGCGGCUUCGCUAUAUCAUGUGGCCUCGAGGCGUUUGCCACUGUUUGCGCGCUAGUGUUGUGGGUGUCAUACACGUACGAUAACGCGAAACGCGAUCGCGAGUAUGGACGUCCGGACCCAGGUGCCAAUGUGGAUACAAGUGAAUUGGCGGAUAAGGUGCUUUCGCUUCGUCGUUUGGCGGUGUUUGGAGAUACAUGCAAAGAACGAGGGAAAGGUCACGCGCACAAGUUGCGCAAGACGCCUCCGCUGUAG